UGUUCGCGUGGUAUAAUGAAACCACCCCCCUCGCAGUGGUGGUUUGGUUUAGUCCGAUCUACUGCUCCGAUUAUCUCAUCAGUCAGUCAGUCAGUGAGCUCGCGCGUGUGUUUAUGUGAGUUCUACUAUAACAGCAUCAGCCCUCAAAACAAACAAACACUCGGGAUUUUAAUACGAGAUAUUCAAAAUGAAGGAGCCAAUACCUGUGAGAGCAAAGCAUCUUCAAUAAAAAGUGUGUGCGUGUGUGUGUGUGUGCAUGCAUGUGUGUACGUGGAUGAGAUGUCUGUCCCUGCCAAACAAGAGAGGACAGUGUGCGUCCUUCUUCCCACCAAGGAGACAUUGGACAUCACAGUGGUGCUGAAAGCAACAGGUCAAGAAGUGUUUCAACGUGUCUGCGAGCUUCUCGGGGUUAAAGAGCUGCACUACUUUGGAUUGACUGUGGUUAAAAACAAUGAGCACAUCUUUCUGGACUUGGAAGAGAAACUUGCCAAGUAUUUCCCCAAGGAGUGGAAACAGGACUCAGGGAAGGGGUCGCUGAGGAGGUCAAUCCCUCCCCUGCUCUGUCUGAAGGUCCAGUACUAUGUGGAGAAUGGCAGACUCAUCUGUGAGCGUAAAGCGAGAAAACUGUACUACUAUGACCUGCGGGAACGUGUCCUGCGCUCAGAAUGUAGACAGCAGGAGGAAGUGUAUUUCCAGCUGGCGGGAUACGCCUUACAGGCCGAACGCUCUGACCACCUCAGUCACGGACACCCAAUGUAUUUCCAGGCCAAAGAAUACUUUCCACCCUGGAUAAUUGCGAAGCGUGGCAUUGACUACCUGCUGUGUCACGGGCCCAAGGUUCAUAAAGAGCUGUGGGGGAUGUCCUCUCGUGACGCUAUCCUGCACUUCAUCAGAGAAUCCUGCCGUCUGGAGGAUGUCCCAGUCACCUUUUAUCGCCUACAGAAGGACAAGAAAGAAGAGAAAGGCUCAGCACUCCUUGGACUGACUCUCCGAGGAAUGCAAGUGUAUCAGGAGGUGAACAAUGUGCGUGAUCUGCUGUAUGAUUUCCCCUGGUUUCACGUGGGAAGACUCACCUUUCUGGGAAAGAAGUUUGAGAUCCAGCCGGAUGGUUUGCCCUCGGCGAGGAAGCUGGUGUACUACACCGGUUCAGCUUUUCGUUCUCGACAUCUGUUGCUGCAUCUGAGUUCCUGUCACCGAUUGUAUCUCAGCUUGCAACCUGCGCUCAAACACCUGCGCCAGCUAGAGGAGACAGAGGAGAAGAAGAGGUAUCGUGAAUCGUACAUCAGUGAUGAGCUAGACCUGGAUCAGCCGUGCAGCGAGGGCAGUCCCCGUCUGUCUCGACACUCCACCAGCAGCUCUGGCAUUGAGGCGGACACCAGGCAAUGCAGCGUCUCUGUAGAGAUGGUUUCCAUGGAGGAGAAGGAGAAGUCUUUCAUCUCUGCCAUCAGUCACGGCUCCUCUGGGAUCGACACAAGCAGCAAACCUCGGACUGAUGAAGAUGACUGGCAGGAGGAAGAUUUGCAGGAGAUAGUGAAGGAGCCUGGGGAGGUUUCUGUGGACGGCCCUGUGGAUAUCUUGCGACUGGCUGAGCUACUGGAGGGCGUGUCUGUCGACUGUCCUACCAUCCAAUCAGAAAAAGAGUUUAAAGGUCUGCAAAUGAGUUCAGUUACAGGCGACGUCCAAAUGGACCUUUGUGACCCAGACGGCAUGAAACAGGUUUCGAAUCAGAAGACUCGUAACCCGGCCGACCGCUGUAGUCUGAGCCUGGACGAUGUGCGACUGUGUACCCCUCUUCUCCCGCUGGGAACAGCAUCAGUUCCAGACACCUCCGUCAGCUACACGUUUGGGCUCCCACACACCACGACCAGCCCAUGUCCAGACAAAACUACUUUCUGUGUCCAGCGCUCCACGAACUGCCUAUCUCUAGACCUGCUGGACGAUAACCAGCUGCUGGAGCUUCUUCUAUAAGACAACGAGAAGACUUUCUGUCGUCUUCAUGUUCAUGCCAUUUAACCGGACUGACAAAACAGAAGCGUUAACAGGACACAUUUUCAACAGGACUUUUCAUUAAAACAGCCUUACACUUAAAUGUGUUUUCUGUGCUGUUCAACAGCAGGACAAUCCGAACAAUCGUGGGUUGUUUUACAAAUUAUACACGCAGAACGUUUUGCUGAACUUUGUACAGAUUUUGUUCAUGGAUAAUCUAACAACGAGCAGGGCAUUACGGCACUAACACUGAGUGCUAUAAAGAAGUGAUGCAAAAAACAUAUUUCUUCCAUGUAAAUUCUAAAUGGUCGGAACCACGAUGAGCAAAAAGAAGCCCCUCCCAUUGUGAACAUUCAUUGAUCCAAAUUUCGUUUUCCAUGACUGUGUACUAAACAUCAAAUGCGAAACCUCUUUUUUUUUCAUUGUGGACACACCUUGUUGAGACAUAGUGUAACAGUUAUGCUACAAAGUUUGUGGAGGGACUGAAUUAACACAGACAGAAACUGCCAGUAUAACCAGUUCUCUAAAAGGAAAUCUUAUACUCAUGCAAUUUAAAGCCACGCUCUUUUGAAGUCGGCAUGAAACGUAAGAUGCAAGUCUUUUCCUUCCCGUCGUGACAUAUAUCGUAGUCAAACGACUUAUCAAAUUAAAUAAAAAUGUAGAGCGGGAAUUGAUUUUUCUGUUGGGUAUUGAUUGGAUGGUUGUGGUUUGCAAUUGGUCGAUCUCAUGUGACUGACAGGUUGACCCAGAGAAGAGGAGAGAUUCUGCUGCAAGAGGGAGGGAAACUUAUUAUGAUUAAAGAUUACAGUGCACAUAAAUAAAAUAAAAAAUGAAUUUUGAUCAUUUCUGUCAAUUCAUAAACUCAUUCAGCCAUGUACAACAGUGCAGUGGAUAAUAUCAAAUCAUGACACAAGAGUUUGUCUACUGCAUUCUGAGUCAUGCUAAUCUUGUUCCAUCAUUCAAAGACACUGAACUUGCACCGCCUGAUCUCCUAUUUCAAAGAACUGUUGUGUACAGAUAGUACUCAUGUUCCCAAAUUACAAAGCAUGUGUGAACCCGCUCGAACCCAUAAUCAGGAUUAGAAAGGAAAGUGUUUUUUGCCACGAUCUAACCAUUGGUUUAAUAGGUGAUAUGUUCUUUUCCCACCCAAGUAAUGCAGAACUGAGAUGAACUUCUGUAACGUCAUGAACAAAGAUUCUUUCGCUUUAUAUAGAUCAAUGUUUUUUUUUUCCAGAUACAUGGAGCUCUUUUGAUUUUGAUAAUUACAAAAUGCACAUCAAGCCCUCAGAGGUUGUGUACAUAAUGCUGGGUGUCAUUUCUUCAUCUAAACAUGCAUCCUAUUAAAAGCAUGUGUUUCUUUCAGUGAAUGGAAAAAAGAAAAAAAAAA